AUGGAGGCCCCAGCUCCAAACCGUCAAUCCCGAAUUUUGGGCCGCUCCUCCAUGUUCCGCUUUUUCCGUAGCCUGGUGGGGAACAAGGGCAGCCCAAAGAGCUCUGACAAGACCCCGAUAGGGAGUCGGACAUGCCCCUUGCGAGAGCAAGCCGCCACCCCAUUGGUGAUGAACCGCCAUGGAGGGGUGGGGAGGAAGGAGCCAAAGCCAUCCACCACACUACCCUACAUGCUGUCUGUGGCCUUGCCACGGCAGGACCCCUUGGGGCUAGGGAUGGGGGACACAGGGGCCCAGACCCCUACCCCCACGGAAGUCCUGAGGGUGGGGGCCCAGGGUGUAGAGGUGAAGCCUGUCCUGCCCAGGAGAAGCCAGGAGGUGCUGGGCAACCUGUCUGGGAAAGAGGAAACGGAAGAAGAGAAGGAGGAGGCGGUAGGGGAGGCCUCCGGGGAUACAGAGACCUCAGACAGGGGCCACUUUGCCCAAGCUUUGGAGUUGGAGCAAGGAUGCCUGCAGAGGGCCAUGGGGCCACUGGAGGUCAGCCCCGAGACCUUCACCAAGGAGGAGGAGAAGGAGUGUCUGCUUGACGGAGACCUCAGGCUGGCCUCUUCGAAGGUGGGGACAACUCCUUGGAACCGCCGCCUCCUCACCUUGUACAAGCAGCUUCAGAAAUCGGCAGUCGCCAAGUUUCCUCUCAAGGAAGGCUUGCCUGAUGAGAAAGGCAAGGAAGAGGAAAUGGAGGAGGAGGACAGCUCAUUCAAGGUCUGUGUCCCAGGCAUUGUCACCCUGCAGUCACCGCUGCAUAAGACUUUUAGGUCAACAGAUACAGUGGGUUUCGUGGAGUCGGAGUUAAAGAAGCUUUUGGUAGUACAACGGGAGUCCCGCCUCUGGAAGAUGGGCAGUCAUGAGGGCCGGGAGCUGCUGACCCAGCCAGAGAUCACCCUGGAGGAGGCAGGCAUUGUGGAUGGCCAGCACCUGCUCCUGGAGGAGAUGGACGAGAUGGGAAACUGGCCUCCAGAGUGA